UGGCCCAAGCCUCAAUUUUGAGUCUAGGGUUUAUUUGCUCAUUGGAAUUACUAAGUAGCUAGCAAGACAGAUUAGAGUAGCAGCAGAGCUUGAGGGAGCACCAUGGGCCGUAUGCACAGCCGAGGCAAGGGUAUUUCUGCAUCUGCUCUGCCAUACAAGAGGACUCCACCUAGUUGGUUGAAGAUCUCAAGAUGUGUUGAGGAUAACAUUUGCAAGUUUGCAAAGAAGGGUUUGACCCCAUCUCAGAUCGGUGUCAUUCUCCGAGAUUCUCAUGGAAUUGCUCAGGUGAAGAGUGUUACAGGCAGCAAGAUUUUGCGGAUACUGAAAGCGCAUGGUCUUGCUCCUGAAAUACCCGAGGAUUUGUACCACCUGAUUAAGAAAGCCGUUGCCAUCAGAAAGCAUCUUGAGAGGAACCGGAAAGACAAGGAUUCCAAGUUUAGGUUGAUCUUGGUCGAGACCAGGAUCCACCGCCUCGCCCGUUAUUACAAGAAGACAAAGAAGUUACCUCCUGUGUGGAAAUACGAGUCAACCACUGCCAGCACCCUUGUGGCCUAGAAAAUUCACUUUUUGAACGAUCAGUUUGUUCUUCUAACGCCGUUCGCCGGGGUAGGCCAGCAGGAACUUUUUGGUUUACAUCCUA